AUGAUUUUUAAAUCUUUAUGCCUUCUGUAUCGCGGAAGAUUUCUUCCUCUUGGAAGACUUGCCUUUCGGAAGGUAAUAACCAAGGGAAGAUCCCAAAAAUCGCCAGAGAUUUUACUUCCUCCGUUUAUCGCAGUGCAGGAGCUACGUUUGAUGUUAAAUAUUGAUUAUACAUCAUGUUUUCGCCUUUGCAAAGUCUCAAUUUCGAGAAACAAAUAUUCCUGGAAGGAUAUUGAAGGCCGUUCCUUCGAAUGCUCGAAUAAAAGACACGUGCUGGUCUGUUUUGAUACGGCAGCGUAUGUUUGCCGUUCUUUUGGUUUUAAUGCUAUAAAAGUUAGCCCUGAACCUGAAGUACCAGAAUUGACGAGCGAAUCUGCUAUCCCAGUAAUCGCAGUUAUAGGUCACAAGGACCACGGAAAGACAUCCUUGUUGGAGAAGCUUACAGGAAAGAAUCUCUUGGAAUACGAGCCAGUAAGAACUACACAGAGCUUGUAUGCUAUGACACUCCCCUUUACAACUCACUCAAACUAUUUGGCAACAUUUGUAGACACACCUGGAGAUGUUCUUUUUGAUGUUUUAAGGGGAAGAGCUAUCCACCUGGCAGAUUUGGCAUUGGUUGUAAUUUCUGCCGAAGGUGGAGAAUUGCAAACCAGAGAUGUGAUAUUACAGGCUGAUAGCUUUAAUGUCCAAAUUUUAUUCUGCGUAAAUAAGAUUGAUCUAGAUUAUUCUAAUGUUGAUAUUGUAAGGUCAGAGCUCAAAUUUCAGUGUAAUUUAAUGUUCAAUGAGGGGAUUAUUUCUAGGAACUUUGAAUCGGAAUUGGACAAUUUGAUCCCAAUAAGCGUAAUUUCAGGGCAUAAUAUAGACAAACUAGUUGAAAAAAUCGUUACUUGUACAAAGAGCAUUAAAAUGCCUUGUAAUAAUAUAAAAUAUGAAACCUUUUUAGGUGGAUACAGUUUAAAGAAAUUUGAUGGUUUCAUAAGAAGGGCUAAUAGCUUAGUAAGUUCUGGAUUACCGCCAACUGCCGUUGGAUUUAUUCUUGAAAUUACAAAGACAGAGUCGUUUGGGAUUGUUUUAACUGUAAUAGUACGAAGUGGAACCAUUGUUGAGGGAAAUUAUUUUGUCGCUGGCACAUAUUAUGGCAGAGUUACUGGUAUAUAUCCCUCUGGUGAAAAGCUCUCUCCUAAAAAUAAGAUUUCAAAUGCAUCCGUAGGUACUGCAGUAUUUAUUACGGGAAUGAAAAAUUUAGAGGGCACCAGUGUAGAUGAUUUACUUUUAGUUUUGCCACAACACGAAGCCUUCAGAUUGAGUCAGUACAGACUGCAGCUACAGAUACUAAAAGCUUCACAAGUCUCUGGCCCACUUUUACAAACACAUUGGACGAUCUCUUUAAAGUCUAAUAAUGAACAAUAUUACAAGAGUGGAGUGAUUGACACCACGAAGAAACCAAACGAAGUAGAGGACUCUGAAUAUUCACCUGAUGAUUUUAAACCUGCGACUCAGAGCGAAUCAACUACAGAAUAUGAUGAGAGCGAAGAUUUUCCCGACGAAUUUCCCCAUGAUACCGACAUGAACAGUCAUUUGACAUCCAUAUAUCUAAAACCUGUGGAAGGGGAUGAAAUGAGUGAUGAGUUCGAUCCCUGGACCUUGAAGGCCACAAUACACAACAAAGAAUUGAAGGAACGCUGGCAGCAGAGAAUAAAUGAACGAAAUCCUAACGGCGCUACUAAUGCAGUGGGUUAUAGCAACUCAAAGAUGGAAAGACAGUCACAAAUUUAUGAAGAUACAUUUACUGAAGAUAUAGGACGACCGGUUAUUCCGAUAAUUUUGCGUGCGAAUUUUGUUGGAACAUUUGAUUCCCUGCUAGAUGGUUUAGAUAUCCUAGAAAAGGAAUUUAAUGUACGUCUUCCACUUGUUCACGGUGGAGUAGGUCCUAUUGUUCCUAAUGAUAUAGUUCAAGCGGAAAUUGGAAAUAAAUUCACAUAUUGCCCAGUUUAUGCUUUCCAGGUUCCAAUUCUCAAUGAUGCCGCCAAACAUGCAGUCAUAAAUAAAAUCACAAUCAAAAGCUUCAACUUAUAUUCUGACCUAUUAGAUGAUGUAAAAUCACGUUGUCAACAUACUCUUGAAAAAAUAGCAAAGAGGCGAUACGUAGAAAAAUUGAAUGAAUAA